AUGUUAGUCGUUUUGGACCCGGUGACGAGCAAAGAGUGGCCAAAUCCAGACGAAGACCCCUUAAUUUACAUCGAUAACCCUGUUGAAUCACAAAUGCCUGGUCAUUGGGUGCCGCAAAGCAUUGUCAGAGAAAUUCUUAAGAGACGUACAUCAACUGCGAAACCAAGAGAAUCGGUAAUACCGUGGAGAUUAAUAAAAAAUAUAGAAUUAGACAAAUCGGCUACGGCUCAUUUUGAUCCUCAAAAUACAGCUUCAAACCAUCUCACAACAAAAAAAAUAUUAGCUAAAGAUCCAAAUGAUCUGACAACUGAAGUUCAAAAAAAUCUAAUAAAAAGUAUCGAUAAAGUUUAUAACAAUCCAACAACCGAAAGUAAUACAGAGGAAGUUCCAAAUUAUAUAACAACAGAAACAAAUACAGAUGAAGUUUCAAAUGUAAAAACCAAAAAUAUUAAAGCUAACGAUCAAAAGCAUACAUCAACAGAAACAAAUGCAGAUGAAGUUUCCAAAGAAACAACCUUAAAAAAUACAUCUAAUAAUGAAAAGCAUACAACAACAGAAACCAAAGCAGAUGAAGUUUCAAUUGAAACAUCCGAAAAAAAUACAGCUAAUAAUGAAAAGCAUACAACAGGAGAAACAAAAGCAGAUGAAGUUUCAAUUGAAACAUCCGAAAAAAAUACAACCGAUAAUGAAAAGCAUACAACAACAGAAACAAAUGCAGAUGAAGCUUCAAAUGUAGCAACCGUAAAAAAUACAGCUAAUAAUGAAAAGCAAACAAAAACAAUUAAUGCAGAUGAAGUUUCAAUUGAAACAUCCGAAAAAAAUACAGCUAAUAAUGAAAAGCAUACAACAACAAAAACAAAAGCAGAUGAAGUUUCAAUUGAAACAUCCGAAAAAAAUACAGCUAAUAAUGAAAAGGAUACAUCAGCAGAAACGAAAGCGGAUGAAGUUUCAAUUGUAACAACCGUAAAAAAUACAGCUAAUAAUGAAAAGCUUACAACAACAAAAAUAAAAGCAGAUGAAGUUUCAAAUAUAGCAACCGUAAAAAAUACAGCUGAUAAUGAAAAGCAAACAAAAACAAAUGCAGAUGAAGUUUCAAAUGUAACAACCGUAAUAAAUACAGCUAAUAAUGAAAAGCAAACAACAGAAGAAACAAAAGCAGAUGAAGUUUCAAAUGAUCCUAAUACUGAAAACAAAAUAGUAACAGUUUCAAUCGUUUCUACCACCACAGAAAGGACAGCAUCAGAGAGUACUACCACUGAAAAAGUUACAGUUCUGGACCAACACAUCAUGACACCUACUACAGUUAGAUCUUCCACCGGAAGAAAAAAACCAAAAAAAAUAACGCCACGUGAUAGAAUAAAGAGUAAUAUUAGGAAAAGAGGUCAAAAAAUAUAG